UAUUUAUUUUAUCGACUCCAGAAAGGGUGAAAAGCCAAUGUUGACAUCGAUGGGAUUUGAACACGAAACGUAAAUAGCGGUAACAAAAAGCGCGAGGUAUUUUGUUCGACGCUCUGAUAACAACAAUAAAAAAAAUACUGCAGUAUCUAAAAGGUUACUGUUUAUGGUUCAGAAUAUAAGCUCUUUAAACGAUCUGCCAUCGAUUCUGCCAAUAUCUUUUUUGCAUGUGAAGUUCCUUCUUUCGUAUACUAAACUACUGCUUAGAAUGUGUGGCUGUAUGGCGACAAGAGCCAGCCUUGGACAGUAAGCAAUAUACACACACACACUCAUGUACACACAUACAUAGAUACAUACAGCUGUAGAUCUAUGUAUAUACAUAUUCAUACAUACAUAUAUUUAUUAUAUUGAGUUGUGUACAGUGUCGGUGUGACAAUCGUGGUAUUUGGCCAGCAGGAUUUAAGAGGCUUCUUCGUUGCUCUCUGCGUGUUUAUAUGUAUAUAUAUAAAGAGAGAGAGAGAGGAAGAACGGGAAAGAUUUAUACAUAAACAGUUGCAUUUAUUAUAUAUGUAUAUAUAUCUUUAUACAUACAUACAUAGAACGUCGCCUACCAACAAAGAUGCCGUCGAGAGCUGAGGAUAUUAUGCGUGGAUUUAAACUACAUUGGAUGAAUUUACGAGAUGCUGACUCAGGCAAGAUACUCUGGCAGUCAAGUGAUGAUCUAUCCCUGCCUAAUGUCGAACACGAAGCUCGAGUUCCAAAGAAGAUCCUGAAAUGCCGGGCAGUGUCUCGAGAGAUCAACUUCUCAUCAGCUGAACCAAUGGACAAGUUCCGACUGGAGCAGAAGAUCAUGUUUAAAGGGAAAUGCUUAGAAGAAUGGUAUUUUGAAUUUGGGUUUGUUAUUCCCGGUUCCACCAACACUUGGCAGUCCACAAUUGAAGCAGCUCCUGAGAAUCAAAUGAUGCCAGCAAAUCUACUGAAUGGAAAUGUUGUGAUUGAAACCUCUUUCUUUGACGGCGAUUUGUUGGUCAGUACGUCCAAGGUGCGGAUUUUCUAUGUGUGAAGGAAUGUCACAAA